AUGACUACAGAUAAUCUGGCAGAAAAAGUAGUACUCAAAUUUGUCAUUAUUGGUGCAGGUUUAGGAGGUCUUGCAGCUGCUAUCGGGCUUCGAUUGAAUGGCCACGAAGUUGUGAUAUUAGAGCAAGCCCUUAAAUUAGGAGAAGUUGGGGCGGGAAUUCAGAUUCCUCCAAAUUCUACAAGGAUCUUGGAGAGAUAUGGUUGCAAAAAACAGAUUCUCGAACUAUCUACCCUUCCAAAAGCUUGCAGAUUUUAUAAGUGGGACCACGGAAAUGAGCUAUCAUCUCAAAACUUAUGGCCCUACUGUGUCCAAAAAUACGGGGGAGAAUAUUUACACAUUCACAGAGCUGACUUCCACAGAGUUCUAGUUGAUAGGGCAAAGGAAUUGGGUGUUAGCAUUAUUUUGAAUAGCACAGUGGUAGACCUUGACUUCAAUACUAACAAGGUUUUCACCUCAGAUAAUCGCGAAUACACUGGUGACAUCAUCAUUGGCGCUGAUGGACUUAGAUCCAAAGUGCGUUCUUUGAUGUUGGGAAGAGAAGAUCCACCACAUGAUACUGGAGAUCUAGCAUACAGAGCUCUCGUACGAGUAGAAGAUAUGAAGGAAUACCCAGAAUUGGAUUUUAUAUCAAAAGAACCUAAUAUUCAUUUUUGGUGGGGACCUGAUAUUCAUGUCGUUGUAUAUUUAUUACACGGCGGAAAAACUUGUAAUAUCGUCGUUUUGUCUCCUGAUACUCUAGAUAAAAAUACAAACGUCAUGAAAGCCGGUCCUAAUGAGUUGAAAGAACUUUUUUCCAAGUGGGAUCCAAGGUUACAGAAACUAAUAUCGUUAGUUCAUCAAACCUCUAAAUGGAAAUUACAGAACAGCGUCGAAAUGGAUACUUGGGUUCAUCCUAGUGCAAAUGUGGCUUUGAUGGGGGAUGCAUGUCAUGCGACUCUUCCAUAUUUAGCUCAAGGAGCUGCUCAAGCAGUAGAAGACUCUGCUUGUCUUUCUGAAAUAUUUGGUGCUUCUCUUGUAGACAGGGGCCAAAUACAUUACCUAUUAAAGCUUUACGAAAAUUUGAGAAAGGAGAGGACCACGAGAAUAGUUUUAGAGUCAACCAAUUGCAGAAAUAUUUACCACUUACAUGAUGGACCAAAACAAAUGGAAAGGGAUCGUCUUUGUGCUUUAUUCCCGCCUCAAGAAGGCUGUCCCAACAGGUGGGCCGAUCCAGUUUUUCAGAAGUUUUUGUUUUCUACUGACAUCUUUGAAGAGGCGAAAGCAGCCACAAAAUCUUACAAGAAUGGCAAUAAAAUUCUAGUUUAG